AGGAGAUUGAACCUCAGUCCCAAAUUCGUUUUAUUGCCAUGCCUGCCGGCACCAAUAUUAUAAUACGACCCUUUCCCUCUAAAUUUAGUUGAAUGCAUAAUCCCAGGAAUUGGCUACUUAUAUUCUUCACGUAUCCACCAACUCACUAAACCCUGAGCAUCCAUCCGGAUUCAAUUAAUCUUUGAGAAAUGCUGUCUUUAUUGUCUCUUCUUUCGUGACAAUUAACAAAAAACUAACUUUAACCCAUCUCCACUAAUCACCCGCACUGGAAUACGAUAGCUAAUUGUUCUUGCCACAGCAAUUUAUUUUAAAUGGGUAACCUCCAUUAUUUCCCACUCACAAUAAUAGUCAGCCUGGGGGCAGUUUUAGGGAUUAGACUCGCUCAGGAACCCUUCCAGAAGGACGAGUGGUCCGACGUUUUUCUCCGUUUGGACAAAACUGGAGAAAUCCUGGAAUCUUCACAGUACUUUCGUUCCAGACUGAUUGUGCAGAGGGGUCGUGUCGCUUGUCAAUCCGCCACCCUCCUUCGUGACGGGUUCGAAUUGGAACGCUACAAAAUUGGAGACCAUGACUGGGAAAUAGUUUCGAACAUCGAGCUAAACUUGAAUCAACACUCGAUCGCCAUGCUUCGGGUCGUGGAUGGCCCAAUUUCCUAUCACUAUUUAGGAAUCUUGUUCAACAUUAGUGGCACCAUGGCAGCCAUCUUUAAAGAAAGUGAACUACAAGAUGUUCAAGUGACGAGGUAUGAACAUAAAGGACAACAAAACACACAAUUUGCCUUCCUGGGUGACGACAUCAAUUGGAAUUCGACAAGUGUCGCAAAAGUGGAAAUGGUGGAGACUUUUAAGGGAGGGGAGAAUUUCACAAUCAUUUACAGUGACCAUCCCGUUCCGCCUGGUUUAUGGAGGGCAUCAUCACUUCCCGCGAGCUCAAUCCCACCGCCAGAUACGCGCUGUAUUUUGAUUAAUGUGGCAAAAUUUGACUCGCUAUAUUUUGACAUUGAAUCAAUCGAUCUGGUAAAAAUUGAUGCCUUUGUCGUGAUUUGUGAUGAGGGUUGGUUCUCUAAAUCCAAUCGUAACGCAAGCCACAAUUUUUGUCUGGAAAUUAAUCCUCUUCACGAGCAGAAACGUCGCACGGGGCAAACACCAUAUCACAAAAGGAAACCUGACACCGUAGUAUCAUUUAAGUAUCUCAACCUGCGUCCAGUCGCGUCCCAUAAUUUAGGACAUGUGGCGAGUUGGCCGGUUUUUUGCAAUGAUUGGAUCCGUUUAUGGAAAUAUGAUGGGAAAAAGAAGUUUCUCGGAUUUUCUAGCGAGGUGAAGAUCCUUGAAGGAAGAUCAGUCGUGUUGGUGUCAUACUUUGAAAAAUUCCCUACGGCGGGCAGCGGAUCGGUGGUUACCCAAGCAAAAAUUCAGCCACCUCAUGUAGUCUGGGAAACCUGCUCAAUGCUACAUGAAUGGGCGUACGUCCCGGAAAACAUGCCAUGGUAUAACUAUUUCAUCGCGGCAAAGAGUCCACUUCCAUACAUCGGAGCGUCCUGCAUCGCCAACGACGUUGUAAUUGUGAACUAUGCCGAUCACGGGGUCUGCAUCGACGCGACUGUUGUGGAUUGCGCGGAUUUGUUUGGAAGUUCGUUUCAAAACUUAACCUUCGACCCGGAGGAACCGCGUCGGUCAUAUUUUUGCGCUGAACUACAAGCACCCAAUAAAACUAUUGCAGCCAAGGAAAUACUUCGAUUUGGAAAUCCACACGAGAUCAAGGGCAACUGGAUGUCAUGGACUAUGCCUGGACUGUACGAUUUGUACUGUCCGGCGACCUGGAUUAGUGAUCAUCAGGCGGGCGGGAAAAAACCAAGGAUGAAUUUAGUCGGGGAGUCCAGAUACCGCAAAAUAGUGGGCGGGAUGCCCAUAGUUGUUUUUGCAUAUCUUUUUGGUGACGAGACCCACCGGUGUAUGGGGGACUGUCUGGAACUUGCGACUAAACGAAUCAAUCAUUAAAAUAUGGGACUAUGUAGUAGAGCCGGAGUAGAUGUUAUACGGUGUUAGCAAUAUAAUGGAAAGUUAUGAAGUAUGUACGUAAUGAAAUUUACGGAUGUGUAAAGUAAUUAAUUUGAUAGUGAUUACAAACCUAAAUAUACCGAAUAUUAAGUAACAAGUAUUCCUAAGAAUCAAUAUAUCGGAUGGGGUUUUAUAUAAUUUGGAAAAAAAUAAAUUAAUGUGAUUCUAAAUAGAA